AUGAAGCAACGAGCUGGCAAGAAGAGACCUCUGCAGAGUCGCAGUGCGGAGAACCUCCGACCACAACACUCCACCGCACCAGGGAGCGGUAGGAGCGAACUAAAGUCACAGAUGACGGGCGGCGGCGGUGUGGGAAAGUCUCGCAGCGCGCCAGAGCUGGUCUCUGAGUCGCUGAGGGAGAGAGAGCCGCACUCACCUCCUCGGGACCCCGGCAGGAGGUACGCCACCAGGCGAGCUCCUCCGGGUCGGGCCGGGUCCGCACCUCCCCCCACAUCUGUGGAGAGACCCCUGAGCGAGGAGGAGAGGGAGAGGACCGUGGAGGACAUGCACAGAGAGUUCCGUGCCAGGAGAAAGGCCGUGCUGAACGGACUGCCGCCUGGAACCAAGGAAGAGGACAUAGACACCUUUCUGGAGGAAUACUCUUGCAGGACAGUGUCAAAACUCAAGGAUCGUUCUGUUCGUGUCCUCUUCCCCUCACCCGAGGCAGCGUCUGAACAUCUCCAUCAACUGAGCUCGGCUCGCUACGACGGCUGCAAGUUGAGUGCCUCCUACGGCCACCCUGACUCCCUCCUCUUUGUCGGGAACCUCUCGUCCUCUUUCUCUCGCGAGGACCUGCUGCAGCUGUUCAAACCCCACGGACGUGUCCUCCGUUGUUUCGUGGUCUGCAGUCCCUCCUCUGGCCUGGGGAAGGGAUACGGGUUCGUCGAGUUCUCCACCAGAGACGAGGCUGCACAGGCAAAGCUUGCUCUUGCCACAAAGGUUGUUGGGCAGCGGAGUUUGCGAGUGGAUUUCGCUGAUAACGGCAUGCAGACCUGCGAGGACCUGCAGUCCAGAACUCUAUUUGUUGACCGCCUCCCGAAAGGCUUUGUGGACGACGAAAUAAUCAGAGACAAGUUUUCUACAUGUGGCAUUGUAAACUUUUGUCAGGUGGCUCUGACUGUCAACGGUGUGUCGCGAGGGUUUGCGUUUGUCGACAUGAGCACGUGGCAGGAAGCGGAGCUGGCUCAGGAACUCUGCAACGGAGCCGUGCUGUCUGGCCAAGAGAUGCGAGUGUCAUUCGGCAUGCCUUGUCGACCCGGUGCCUGCAUCCUACAACACAAGAACUCCAUCAGUAUACCAUUCAUAAACGGGAGACCAGUAGGAGGCUCUGGUCUACAGCUCUGCCAAAAGGAAAACAUCCCUCUGGGCAGAGGAGGGGAUUUCUGUCCACACCCUACUUCCCUCCAGUUCUCUCUCCUCCCCUCCAUGACCUCUGUACCCUGCAGACCACACCAAUUUCAUCUGGACGUUACUAAACCUGAGUUUAUUCCCAACCCUUCGUUUAUGCCAUGUAGGUCGCUGCCACCACUACCACUGACCUCCUCCAAUAAGAUAGUUCACAGCUACAGUUCCCCUGAUGUCAUUUCACCUGCUCCCUGCCUCCCUCCUCCCCUCUCCCCCCGAAUCACCACCUCCCUGUCAUCUACCAGCCUCCCACCUCACGACACUGACAGAGACACUACUAUUUCUCGAUUGUCAAGAAAGAGAUGUGCGUCAACCCUGGACUCUGCAGUGGAGGCAGGCAUGAUGGCUGCUUACGACAGACCAUUCAUUGGCCAGCACCAACAAGGCAUACCCUUCACCCACCCUCUCAAGAGAAUGAAGACUUUCGAAUAGCAUCAUCACUUCAUAUCACAGUCACCUUUCAGUUUUUUGUUUCAUUGUUUUAUGUUUUGUGGUCAUCUGAAUUGUAUUUGCAUGCCUUGUGUUUUUUCUGAAUAUUAUUAUUAGUUUUU